AUGGGCAAGGAAGACCACUCAUGCUUUGCUACAGUGUUCGACGCCGACGUAGCUGUUAUCCCCCUACAUUCGAGGUUUUUCCGGGCGGCGGGGCUGGCCGAGCUCGGCCGUGAUGGCCGGCAGUGGGAGUGGCCGAAGCCUUCUGCUGAAGAGGUGGCGGACAGGCUCGCCGACUGCGAUGAACCCGUUCGAGAUAAAGUGCGCGACACCGUCCGGGGCAGCGACGCGGGCUCUAGCCUCCUAUCAAUGAGCGCGCUGUGCUGGGUGGUGAAGAGGAUGGAUCGCCUGACCGGCAACGACCUUCGCAGUGCGACCAGCAUGGACAAGGUCCUCGUUUCGGGGUUGAAGGAGCUGCGGAUUCGGAUGAUCACAUUCAUCAAGGAACACGUCGCACGCAAACGGUCAGGCCAUGUCGAAGUUGCUGCCGACUCCUGUGACGACGACGCCGCGGAGCCCCCUUCGGCAUCCCAAGCAGUCGAUGUCGCCGGCACCAGCGGAGAGGCCGGAGACGGCGUCGACAAGGCAGAUGAGGAGGCAGAAAGGGCUGUGGCGAGGACCGCGGAUCAGGAAAAGGAGGAGGAGGAGGAUGACACCGACCAUCAGGAUGAUAACAAGGAGGAUCGUGAGAAGCGUGAGCAGGGGCAUGGGCAGGAGGAGGAAGAGGAGGAGGAGGAGGAGGAGGAGGAGGAGGAGGAGGAGGAGGAGGAGGAGGAGGAUGAGGAGGAGGAGGAGGAGGAGGAGGAGGACAAGGCGGCGGUGGCGGCAGAGGCCGUGGAGCAGGGUUUCGGGUCGGUGGAGCAGGUGGCGGAGGGGGAGAAGCAGCAAGAGGGGGAGGAGGAGGUAGAGUUCCCCUGGGUCGAAUUCAAGAUGGAGGAUGUUGAGGGAGCGGGGGCGGUGGCCGUGGAGGGAGCGGCGGCGGCCGAGGAGGGAACGGGUGGGAUGUCGGCGGAUGUUGUGUACGUGCGAGGGGAGGGUGCCAAUGUGGAGAAUGUCGGCGUGGAGGAGGCGCACGUGGUCGGCAAUGUGGUUGGCGACGCAAAGGAGGAGGAUAACGCCGCGGCCCCGACGCCGACGGGCGUGGAGACCACCACAAGGAACGCAGGGGUGGAACGUCGGGGUGGAGCGGUAGAGGCGGGCCGUCAACCGGGUUCCUCAGGAGGCAACGCCGGCCGUCGUCGGUUUGCGAUGGGGAUUGGCCGCCUCGUGGACAAGCUCAGGUCGUUGGCCGACCAGGUCGCCGCCUCCGACCAGGACGCGGCGAGUCGGCUGAUGGACGCGUCCUUGACCAUGGCGACGACCGUCACGGAGAACAUCACCGCCAACAUGGGUGAAGCAUGGGAUGCGAUGAAGGCGUACGCCGAGAGGGCGGAGUGCUGGUUGGACGAUCUAGAGAAUCCGGAGGGGUUUAUGGCGGUGCAACGUGCGAACGCGGUCGUCGCCAUGGGCAACCACGUGGACGAAGCGAGGAAGGGAUUGGAGGAAUACAUAUCGAAGCACCUAGUUGCCGCGCAGACCAACAUCAUCGCCGCGGUAACUCAACGCGUCGCCGUGCCGCCGCCCACGUCGCCCGCCUCACUGCCAACCUUCCCGGACGAGCUCAUGAAGUCUUUCAAGGCGGACGUGUUGAAGGCGGUGACUGAGGCCACCCAACAGUCAUUUGUUGCGUCCGGGUUAAACCUCAUGACCGGGGUGAUCGGCAAUCUGGCACCUGGUCAGCUUGGGUCGUUGCCGUCGGCCAACGAGGCUGACAAGAAGGGUGCGAAAAGGGCAGGUGGCGGAGAUGAUGCGUUGAGCUCGAAGCGGAGCAAGGGAGCCGAUGGGAGCCGCGGCGUCGGCGAGGUGGGUCCACGCGGCUCGCGGAGCAAGGGAGCCGAUGGGAGCGGAGGUACGAGCGUGGUCGACCAGGUCAAGAAGAACGGGGCCAAGGUGAUAAGGACGCAUAGCAAGGGCGAUGGAAUCACGAGUGCGGAGGGGGGCCCUGCCGACCAGGUUGUCACUCAAGAGGCUGAACCAACACCCCCGCCAUUGGUCGCCAAGAAGCCGGCGAGUCUAGCGACCGCACCAACGGCGAUAGAUGGCGGCGCCAAAACCGUCAAGGGACCGUCUGGCGGAGUGGCGGGGACCAUGUUGAUUCCCCGCAAACCCCCUGCGGCUAGCAGCGCGCCGGUCGCCCCGACAGCCGCCAACAACGAUGGGCCGUCCCUUGCCGCUACUCCAGCACCAGCAGGCACGUCUGCCGCCAAGGUUGACGCGGUGGAUGCUGCGGCUAACCGCGCUGAUCCGUCCGCCCCAAAGGCGAACGUGCUCAGGGAAAUGCUCUGCCGCAUGGAGACCCAUAGACAGGACGUGCAGCAGCCUCCCGUGGUCGGUUCCGCGCCGGCCACAACAGCACGUCGCUUGGUCACUCCGCAGGUCGCCGCCACAACGUCCAGUGCCCCACCUACCGCGCUAAUCAUCGCCGCCCGUCCUCCUGUGGACCCAAAGUCCGCGUUGCUUCGCGCCCGGUUAGGCGCACGUACUGCGGCAGCGCCAGCACGGGCUCAGCCGAUAUCCAGCUCAAGCCCGACGCCGACGUCGGUAACCGUAGCUGCACCCACACUCGGUGCGGCUACUGUCAAGGCGGUGGCGGAGAAGGGCGUGAGUGCAGCGCUAGCCACGAGCGGCGGAUCAGUUGACCCUGCACAAGCGGCGAAGGACCACAACGACGCCGAUAUCGCUGCCAUCCAGUACCUAUUGGAAGCGGUAAACUGCCCCAUGCAGCCCCCUGUACUGGCCAUCUCGGACUCGGCGCAUCUGGCGCACUCGUCGAGUCCCACCGCAUGUACAGCGGAGCCAAGGACGACCACUGCUACGGUCGGCGCGGGAAAGUCGAAACGGAAGGGGACGGUCGACGCAGGGAAAGCGAGGCCGAGCUCGCAGAAGAAAACACGGGCGACGUCGGCGAUGGUGAAGUCGGUGGAGAAAGGACAGGGGAUGGCGACGGCAAUGGUGAAGGAGAAGGCGGCGGAGAACGGGAAGGAGAAGGAGAAGGAGAAGAAGGAGAAGGAGAAGGAGGAGGAGGAGGAGGAGGAGGAGGAGGAGGAGGAGGAGGAGGAGGAGGAGGAGGAGGAGGAGGAGGAGGAGGAGAAGAAGGAGAAGGAGAAGGAGAAGGAGGAGGAGGACAAGAAGGAGAAUGAGGAGGAGGAGGACAAAGAGAAGGAGGAGGAGGAGGAGAAGGAGGAGGAGGCGGUGGAGGAGGCGGAGGUGGAGGUGGAGGAGGCGGCGACGGAGGAGGAGAAGGUGAAGGUGAAAGAACGGAAGGGUCAUGGCAUCCGCCACGACACCACGGGCGACAAGCAAGGGUGGGUGGGCGAGAUUAAGGUGGUCGGGAACGAGAGUAGAUACAUCGGCAAGUCCCGCGAGAAGAUGGAGCUGGCUUACCUUCACUCGAUUGUGUACCUCCUCUACGACGGUUACGUCAGCAAGAUCCUCAUGGCCAAGCUCACCGGCUUGGAGGAAACAGUGAUGAAGCAGUGGAGGGCGAUGUGGGAGGAGGUCCGGUUCUUGCCAACUGGGAUGUGGACGGUGAUAUGGGCACGGGGCGGGUUCCUCCCAAAGACACGGUAA